AUGGGACAUAUCACCGGCGAUAUCGCUGCGGCGGCGCUCUCAGCGAGUUUAGUGACGCCCGCUGUCGCGAUCAUCGACAGGUCACUAGUUGAGCAGUCCGCAUUCAACCAGCCUAUUCUCCGCGGAAUACGUCGAAAUGCGAUGGGGGCGCUCCGACAACCGGGGCUAUUCCUGUGUUCCAAACCUCUGGCGCUCGUAUGGGCCAUGUAUGGAGCAACCUAUUCCGUGGCAAACGUCGCGGACACCAUCGGUCGCAAAUUGGAACUAGCCGCCGCGGGGACAGUGACGUUUGCCGCUACAAUGCUGGCAAAUGUGCCACUAGCGCUGUGGAAAGACAUGUCGUUUGCGCAGGCAUACGGGACCGGCAGGGGUCCCGAUGCCAAGAUCACCGCGAACAUCCCCCAGAGCCCAGUGCUCAACAAGACUAUGGCCCGUGCGGCUGCUGCUAUCUUCCUCGUGCGAGACGGCGUGACGAUCUUCGGGUCCUUCACUUUAGCGCCUCACUUGUCGGAGGCCAUCCCCGACAGCUGGGCAACGCAUCCCCAUGCGAAGCCGAUUAUCACCCAGCUGACAGUACCCGUGUUGACUCAGCUGGUGGCGACUCCGCUACAUCUCCUGGCGUUGGAUAUGUACACCCGUCAAUACCGAAUUCCCUUUGUAGACAGGGCCAAACAUUCACAAAAAUAUGUGGUGUCCUCGACGUUGUUGCGCGGUGUUCGCAUCAUCCCCGCUUUCGGUGUUGGAUGCUUGGCAAAUAUGGAGUUACGAUCUGCUUUCCAUGCAAAAUUCUCAUGA